AUGCUCUCUACAUGUUCGAUCCAACUCAGCCAGGCGUGCUCAAGAGAGGUCGUGAUUUUGCUAUGUGUGAGACCGGUUGCCGGCUUUCCAAUGGAAGACUGGCGGGCAGGGCUCUCCGAAGGCGUAUACAGAUUGCGCAGCGAGCUGUGCAGAGAGCAAUUGCCACCCUACAGGACAGUGGAUGGUGACGAGCAGCCUUGGCAAAGCUCCCCAGCAGGCAACGAUGCCGGAUUGCAGCGCUUCAUCGUGGCGCGGAAGGGUAACUUGCAGGCAGCCAAGAAGAUGUUCGUGGAACACUUGGCAUGGCGCCGCAGCGUUUUUCCGAUUCCCAAAGCAGGCUUGGUUGCACGUUUGCUCGAUGAGGAGGUCCGCUUUCGCCGUUUGCGACGCGACAGCGAUGGCUGCCCAGUCCUUCUUGUGAAUUUUCUCUUUGGCGAGUUCGCCCCGGAUGACAUCCCUCAGACUGCCUUGGUGCUCGCGUCCCUGCGCUUUUUUGAGGAUGCCAUUGGAUCCCUAGACCCGUGUGGAGCCCAACAAAUGAGCGCUAUAGUCUUUGGCUGCCCGCCGCCUGUCGCUUGGGCGCACGUCAUGGUGAAGUUCUUCCAAAACAACUAUCCGGAGCGGCUGAAGCUGGCCAUCAUAUACCCGGUGCCGUCCACUUUUGUGUCCUUGGUGCGCCAGGUCAUGUGGUUUGUGGAUGAGAACACGCGCUCCAAGAUCGACAUGGAGACCGAGGAGCAUCCUCUGCUGGAGCGCUUUGGCUUCCGAUCCGAUGACCUGCCCCUGGAGAUCCGUGGCGGAUACCACGGCGUGGGCGAGCGAUGGAAGCCAGACGCCCGGAAGCUCCUGGGCAUGGCCUACGCGUUUCUGCUUCCGCAUGGCCGGCAGGUGGCUCAUUUAGAAGACAGUAUUUACCGGGCAGCCAAGAAUGCUGAGAGCCCAAGCAGCCCAAGCGCAGGCGCAGGUUUGCAGGGAGAGGACACUCAGGAGACUGACUGGACAUCCUUGCUUUUUGCCUGCUGCAUGCCAAAGUCUGCCAGACCUGGACUGAAAGAACUGCCUUCAGAUGACUUCUUGGACAGUAAUGAUGGGCUGGAUAGCCCUAGUCCACACUUGGUGAAACCAGGGCGCGGAGCGAAUGGUUUUGUCUCUUCGAUUCUUCAUGUUUCCUCUUAUUCACUGCUUGUGUUCUGCUUGCUAUGGAUGAUCUCCCAGCGACAGCAGUUCUAUGACUUUCUUUUUGUGGAGCCGUGA